UAUGCAGGAUGUGCGGGAUUUGCAGUACUGUACUUGGUAAGAGCGCUCUCGGUACAAUGGCCCGGUCUGCUAUGGUGACUGACAUGGUGUGGUGACAGUGACAGGAUCCCGGUCGGGCUCGACUACAGUCCAAAAGAGGAAUUAGAAUGCACCGUAAAUCGCUGCAGCGGUCGCAGGUGCGAUGGAGCCGCAGGUAGGCAGGCAGGCAGGCAGACGGCACGACACAUGCGAAAUUGCUCCCGUUAUUGGACUGUGACCUCCCUUGUCUCCAGAACGCAGGAGCAGGAGGAAUCACGGGCAGAGGAGUGAGAAAGACAUACAAAUCGGACUCAUGCCCAUGCAGUGCUUGUGUCAAGCGUUGACAGCAACAGCAGCAGCAGCAGCAGCGAUCUCAUCGUGGUCGUCAUCGAGGAGUGGGCUUCGUGCCGCUGCUGCUGAUGGGGCUGCAAGCCUGCGAAGUGUGAGCGGGAGGGGUUUUCAGGGGUUGGAGAUUCGGGAGCUCGCGAGUAUUCGACGACCUAACCCUAACUCGAAUUUGCCAGUUUGUGGUCUCGCACGAGGCUUUUCGAAAACUUGCGCUCUAGUGGUGACGAAUUCGAUGGGUUUGACCACGAAUGUGGCUCUCGAUGGGCCGCUUGUGGUCAAAGCUCCGUCCGACAAGCGCUUGUAUCAGGUUGUUCACUUGAAGAAUGGACUAUCUGCGCUGUUGAUUCAUGAUCCUCAGAUGGCUCCCAAGUCGGAUGGGUCGUUGCAGUCUGACGGCUCUAGCGAGGACGAUGAUGAGGAGGAUGAUGAUGAUGAAGAAGAAGAAGAUGAGGAAGAAGAAGACGAAGAAGACAUGGAAGGAGAGGAGGAAUCGGGCAGCGAUGAUGCAGACGACGUAAUGGGAUGUGAUGAUUGCGAGAAUGGUGUGCACGCGCAUGAUCAUCAUGAACGCGAACACGAUGACGGUGAUGACGAUGAUGAGAGUGACGAAGAAGAUGGUAACAGGGUUACUAGUUCUGGAAAGAAUGGGAUGGCUCCAACUAAGAAAGCAGCAGCUGCAAUGUCUGUUGGGAUGGGAAGCUUCUCAGAUCCUGCAGACGCUCAGGGAUUGGCUCACUUUCUUGAGCACAUGUUGUUUAUGGGGAGCUCCAAGUUUCCUGAUGAGAACGAGACCUGACAGAGCUUUGCUGUAUUCUCUGGGUCUCAUCGUGCAGUAUGACAAUUUUCUCUCCAAACACGGGGGUGGUUCAAAUGCGUUUACUGACACCGAGUACACUUGCUACCACUUUGAUGUCAACCGAAAGUUCUUAAAACCUGCCCUAGAGAGAUUCUCCCAGUUCUUUGUUUCGCCCCUCGCCAAAGCCGACGCAAUGGAUCGAGAAGUUCAGGCAAUAGAUUCAGAGUUCAACCAAGUACUCCAAAGCGACAGUUGUCGUCUUCUUCAACUGAUGUGCCAUACCGCGGACAAAAAUCAUCCCUUUCAUACUUUUUCAUGGGGAAACAAGAAAAGUCUCGGUGAUCCCAUGAAGAAAGGGGUGGACAUGAGGGGCAAGAUGCUGGAGCUUUACAAGAAAAAUUAUCUUGCCGGACGCAUGAAGUUAUCUAUUCUUGGUGGAGAGUCACUGGAGACGUUAAAGGAGUGGGCUGUGGAGCUGUUUGGAGAAGUGAAGGAAGGCGGUAACGACAAAAAAUCGCCUACUUGGUCAGGUCCGAUUUGGGAGAAAGGCAAAUUUUACCGUGUGGAAUCUGUCAAAGAUCAACAUCUUCUUUCACUGAUGUGGCCGCUUCCGUGUCUGGAAGCUGCAUAUCUGAAGAAGCCUCAAGAUUAUAUCUCGCAUCUCGUGGGCCAUGAAGGGGCUGGCAGUUUGUUAUCACUCCUGAAAGAGAAAGGAUGGGCUACCGCCUUGUCCGCUGGAGUUGGUGAGGGUGGAUAUGAGAGAAGUACGGUUGGAUACAUGUUCAACGUGAAUAUUUAUCUAACAGUUGUCGGUCUUGACAAGGUUUUGGAUGUAGUCGAUCUUCUUUAUCAGUACAUAAAAAUGCUUCGCGACAUAGGUCCUCAGGAGUGGGUUUUUAAAGAGCUCCAGUCCAUGGGGAUGAUGGAGUUCAAGUUUGCUGAAGAAGACUCCGCAGAUAAUUACGUGGUGCGCCUUGCAUCAAACAUGCAUCUCUUUAGUGAAGAUCAUAUAAUAUACGGAGAUUAUGCGUUUGAAGAAUGGGAUCCGAAAUUCGUCAACGAUCUGCUAGCCCUGAUUACCCCAGACAAUAUGCGCCUGGACUUAGUAACCAGACAGUUCGACAGAAGCUCUCCAGACGUUAAAAUUGAGCCAUGGUUUGAGGUACCAUACUUGGUAGAAUCUCUUCCAGAAAGUCUCUUAGAAACAUGGGCGAAUCCACCCUCCGUGGACGCUGCUCUACAUAUGCCCGUCGUAAAUGAGUUCAUACCCCAUGACUUCAGCAUCAUCAGUUCGGUGGCUGUCAGUCCAGAUGACCCAGAUGUGCCUAGAAUACUUGUGGAUGGGCCAAUGCUCAAAGUUUGGUACAAGUUGGACAAAACAUUCAAGGCACCAAGGGCGAACACCUAUUUCUCUAUUACCUGCCCAGCGGCAGUUGAAAGUGUGAAGGCAUCUGUAGUAACAGAGGUGUAUAUUAAGCUUUUGGAAGAUGCCCUUAACGAGACUAUCUAUCUGGCCAAUGUGGCGAAGCUGGAGUCUUCCAUGUCCUUUUCAGGAGACAAACUAGAAGUGAAACUUUUUGGUUUCAACGAAAAGCUCUCUGUGCUUGCCCGCAAGAUUGCUGAGCUUUACAAAGCUUUUGUACCCAGCGAAGACCGCUUUCAGGCGAUCAAGGAAGACAUGGAAAGAGCAUAUAGAAACGUCAAUAUGAAACCUCUAAAGCAUUCAGCGUACAUAAGACUUCAGGUUCUGAAGGAGCGUUUUUUCCAUGCAGACGACAAACUUGAGUGCCUUCUCAAGCUGAAGCUGCAAGAUGUCGAAGAAUUUGUUCCUAAACUUUUUGAACAGACAUACAUGGAGGCUCUUUGUCACGGAAAUCUAACCGAAUCAGAAGCAAUGAUCAUAGCUAACAUAUUCAAGAGCGCCCUCGUUAAACAAGAGCUGCCUGUGGAACUUCGGGGAAAAGAACGCGUGUACAAGCUACCAACCGGGCCGUGUCAUUUGGUCAAAGCUAAAGUGAAGAAUGAGUCUGAAGACAACUCAGUUGUGGAGAUGUAUUUCCAAGUUGGUCAGGACCUUGGGCAGCCGUCUAUCAGGAAUCGGGCUAUUAUUGAUAUCUUUGAAGAGAUCGUUUAUGAGCCGUGCUUUAAUCAGCUAAGGACAAAAGAGCAGCUGGGUUACAGAGUUGAUUGCGGAGUUCGAGUAACUCAUCGCAUCAUGGGCUUUUGCUUUCGAGUCCAGUCCGCCAAAUACAGUCCUCCGUACCUUCAAGAGCGCAUCAAUGCAUUUAUUGCCACUAUUCAACAGACUCUGGCUGAUAUGAGCGACGAGGAGUUUACAAACUAUAAGGAGGCACUUAUUGCCGAUAAAUUGGAGCGAGAUCAUACUCUCAUUGAAGAAACAGACCGACACUGGGAGCAAAUAUGGGAGCAGAGGUACUCUUUCGAGGCGCGAAAGCUAGAGGCCAUGGAGGUUCAAACUCUAGAAAAGGGCGAUGUGAUUGACUGGUUCAACCAGUACAUCAGUUCUGGAUCACCUGGUAGGAGAAAAUUAAGCGUCCACAUUUGGGGCAGCAACACUGAGACCGGUCUUGGAGAUCUCCGAGCCAGCACGCCGGAAGAGACCAUCGCAGUGGACAAUUUUGCAUCAUUCAAAAGUAGUCUUGAAUUAUUUCCAGUCCUCACCUGAGAGAUCACCAGGUGGCUCAAUUCUUUGUACAACGUCGCACUGAAGAAUGCACACACUCAGUCACAUUCACGUGCCAUAUCAAUACAGGUGCACUCGUCGUACACAAUUACUUUCACGACAAUGACCCUGCCGUGUCCACUUAUCAAAUAAAGUUGUUUUGCUUCCUA